UAGCACUACAUUGGAUUGUUUUUUUGCUUCUAUGUUUUUUAAUAUUUUUUGUUUUAUUGUUAGGUGCAUCAGCAUCAACAGGUGGAGACUCCCCAGAAGACCCUUCCAAUGGAGAUUCUAUAAUAGACUGGUUAAAUUCAGUGCGUCAGACUGGAAACACAACAAGAAGUGGGCAGAGAGGAAACCAGUCUUGGAGGGCUGUGAGCAGAACAAACCCCAGUAGUGGCGAUUUCAGGUUUAGUUUGGAAAUUAAUGUCAAUCGUAAUGCAAACCAAAACCAACCCCAAAGUGAACAGUCCACAGAAUCAACUGGUGUUGAAGAAAUGGAGGUUAGCAGUGACAGUGAGACUGUGACACCAGCUCCAAGGGCUGAAGAAUUAACUGUUGAGGAACCUGUUUCUCAGAGAGGACAUAGAAGGGCAAGAAGCAGAAGUCCAGAUCAAAGGCGAACACGGAGUAGGCCUGAUAGAAGCAGGUCACCUAUUAACACAAUCCCUGAGCCCCUGACUCGAAGGGCUCCAUAUACUGCCCCACAGACUGUUACAGAUGCUUCCAUGAGUGGAGAAGCAGAAGGGAGCUCUAGAACUAGACAACAUGUGACUGUAUCCCCAGUCCAGAACAAUUCUUUAUCACCUGAUACAGAGGGAAGUUCUAGAACUAGGCAGCAUGUGACUUCCAGGCAGCAAGCACUUGGGACACCAGAAGUACAAAGUCAAGCUGGGGUACAGCUCUUAAACCCAGAGACUAGAAGUAAUUCCCAGUCCCUUCCAGUUGAGACCCCAAGUACAGGAGAAACAACUGGUCCUAGUCAAAGACCACCCACUAUUGUUCUGGACCUUCAAGUUAGACGUGUGCGUCCUGGAGAAUAUCGUCAGAGAGAUAGUAUAGCAAAUAGGACACGCUCCAGAUCACAGACCCCAAAUAACACUGUCACUUAUGAAAGUGAGAGGGGAGGUUUUAGACGCACUUUCUCACGCUCUGAACGUGCUGGUGUUAGAACGUAUGUCAGUACCAUAAGAAUUCCAAUCCGUAGGAUCCUGAACACUGGCCUCAGUGAGACUACUUCUGUUGCCAUUCAAACAAUGCUGCGGCAGAUAAUGACUGGUUUUGGUGAGCUUAGCUAUUUUAUGUACAGUGAUAAUGAUGCAGAUCCUAGUGCUCCUGGAGUUGUAUCUCCUCCAACUACAGUGAGUGCUGAUAACUUAAACAAUGCAGAUACAGAGCCAACACCAUCUGUUGCCGAAGAACCAGAACCUGCAGCCCCUGUAGAGAACGAUGAAUCUAGUGAUGGCGCCUCUGCAACCAGAAGAGACAGUCGGAGAGGGUCAGUCACCUUUGAGGAAAGUGGAUCAUUGCCCUUCCUCAGUCUCGCUCAGUUCUUCCUUCUCAAUGAGGAUGAUGAUGAUCAGCCUAGGGGCCUCACCAAAGAACAAAUUGAUAACCUAUCAACUAGGAAUUUUGGUGAAAAUGAUGCCCUGAAAACCUGUAGUGUAUGCAUAACGGAGUACACACAAGGGAAUAAGCUGCGUAAGCUGCCUUGUUCUCAUGAGUACCAUGUCCACUGCAUUGACCGUUGGUUGUCAGAAAAUUCUACUUGUCCAAUCUGUCGCAGAGCUGUGCUAGUUUCAGGCAACAGAGAAAGUGUUGUGUAAAUCUACAAUUCAUACUAAACUUGUGGCUAAGCAACUGGUGUCUUUAGUCCUUGGCAAAUAAACUCUCAUUACCACUUUUUUGUGUGGUAUUUAAAAUAGGGUUUUGUCUUGGAUUUAAUUGCCCAAUUAAAUAUUUUGCUCUCGUAUUUCCCCCAAAAUUCACAGAUGUAAGUGUUUUAAAGAAAUAAGGCCUAUAGAAUAUUGAGAGAGACUUUGUUGUGCAUUCAGUGUUUUCUUUUUUUUUUUCUUUUCAUUUUAACUUUCAGUGCUGGAAUGAAUCCUGCUGGAACCUCUUGUGCUGAAGGAGCUUCUAGACUUUGCAAGCUGGUGCAUUCUGGGCAUCAAUAUUUUUAAUAAAUCUGUUAUGUUACAGGAGUAGCCUUACGUAUACAAUGGUACAUUUUAUGCUUUGUUUAUGCUUGUAGAUCUUGAUAUCUGCAUAUCGCUGGAUAAAACAUGAAGUUGGUUCAGAAUUUGUAAAUAGGAAAAGUUAUCCAUAUGUAUUGUCUCCCCCCCCCCCCCCCCCCACAUCUUGAGAUGCGUGUGUUCUGCACUAUUUUAAUAAUAAGCCUUAGACCAGCAUAGCUCAUACCACUGUGUGACUGAGGCAUGUUUCUGUAACAUUAGUGUUAGUUAAUCUUACUAGCACACUACAGAGGACCUUGUAGAUGCUAGUAUUUGUAACGUAGAUAUUUAUAGUGAAGGAUCAUUUUUUUUUUUUCCCAUUUUCUUUGAUCCUGUAUAUUAUGGCUGGCUUUAUAUAUUUAACUUAUUACUUUAAAAAUUCUGUCAUAAAUACUUAACCAAGCUUUUUUAAAAAAUAAAAAAAAUAAACAAAUCAACAAUGCUGUAAAUUUGUGUGGCAUCAGCUGCCUAGAAAAUUUGUGCUAAGCACUUAUAAGUUAUUGCCUUAGUCACAGGGAAACUUACAUUUUGCUUUUAUUUUUUUAAUAAUAAAUACUAUUAAAUUUUUUCAGCUCCACUAGCCCUACUUAAUACUAUGCUUCCACGCAUGAAAUUCAUUUUUUUUUCUAGCUUUGGUCAUAUAUAAAAAUGAGCUUUGGCCUAAGAUAAGUUGGUAAGAGGAGGAUGGGAUACUUCAUAUGGUUUCAUGAAGUGCAUAGUGAACUGUUCAUUUAAAUUUUUAUUUUAUGUGAAAAAAGUUUAAAAAAAAAAAAAUUUAUUCUUCAAAAACUUUUUUUUAUGACGAUACUUUUCCACAAUACACUUGCUUAAGGGGUUAAGCAGGUCCUUCCAACACUGAAAAGACAAUGAACACAUUCUGUAAAAAAAAAAGUGUAAAAUAAGCCGGUUUAGUCCGUGAACUAAUUGACAAAUUGAUGUGCGGACUUCAUUUUCACCUUGGAUAUUGUAAAUAAAGACACUAUCAGAUUUUCCUCAUCGGUACGUCAGAAGCCUAAUUUCUGGCAUACUGUAGAAUGUGCUGAUUUAGUUAAAUUUGGGAUAUUUAUCUUGUGAAAUAUAACAAAUGUUUAUGCUUGUUGAAAUAAAAGAAAAAAAUCACUUAAAAUGUAAAGCUUUUGUGGCAGCUCUGUAUUCCCUUCACCUUUUGUAAUAAUGUGUUAUGGUUUUAGAGAGCAAAAAAAUUGCUUUUGAUAAGAUGCUUAUUUUACAUAUACACAGCUGCCAUUUGGAUUAGUCUGACUGUGAAGCAGGGCUUAUUUCAUGUUUUACUAUAUGUGUGAAAAUAAGGCUGCUAACCUGAAAUGGGAAUAAAAGUUUUAAAACUGAACAGAACAAUGCUUUUAUUCAUCAGCAAUGCCAAGCUGACCUUAUUUAGUUUCUACUUAAACACUUCAUUGUAUAAACUUUGCUUUAUAUAGGCAUUUCCCUUUGUACCGCUGCAUAGAUUUAAAGCAGUAUAUGAUCAUUUUUCGAUAGCACGCAUGUAAAUGUUAGCAAUCUGUAAAUGUAGCAUUAAAUGACUGCAUGAAUCAUUCAUAAAAUACUGCAAAUAUUUUACAAUAAUAAAACAAUCUACAAUUUCAAGUGUAAAUUAUGCUCCUUCUAUUAGUUACCAGUUCCAAAAUUCCUAAGAUCAAACACACUUAAGCAUCAAGCACAUAUGUUUGUUUACAAUAAUAAAUUAUGUUUUAAGAAA